CAUUGAUCUCCCUCCAUGUUAGAAUCUCAGUGUCAUAAUACAGUCUCACAAAGUUUCAUCAACAACUUAUAUUUGUGCUAGCUCCACCAGUAUGACCAGGCCUCAGCAAAGAUACAGGGGAGUUCGGCAGAGGCAUUGGGGCUCUUGGGUCUCAGAAAUUCGCCACCCUUUGCUGAAGACUAGAAUUUGGCUGGGAACAUUCGAGACAGCAGAGGAUGCAGCACGAGCCUACGACGAAGCAGCUAGGCUUAUGUGCGGGGCAAGAGCCAGAACCAAUUUCGCGUACAAUGCAAGUGAGUCUCAGUCAUCAACAAGCAAGCUUUUGUCAGCAACUCUAAGAGCAAAACUGCAAAAAUGUCACAUGGCCUCUCUUCAAAUGACCAGAAAGUCUGCAGGCCGAGACACGAACCAAGAAGCUCAGUCUCCUGUUUCUGAUGCCGGAGGAGAAGGCAUCAUUGUCCCGAGGGACCGGGACAAUACUGUUGGCUGCAGCAAUGGUGAUAAAGGGGAAAAUGUACAGCAGUUCACUUCACUUGAAGAUGAUGAUCACAUAGAGCAAAUGAUCCAAGAGUUGCUUCAUUAUGGUUCUGUUGAACUUUGUUCUGUUAUGGAUUGCUAGCCCUUUUUAUCAAUGCCCUGGCCUUCUUUCUUAUGAUAUAUAACUUUGCAAUUCGAGUAAUCAGUAGCUCAUGGACUCUUACUUAGUAGUGUAAUGUUGAAGAUUCAUGAAGGCAAGUUAAUUAUAAUUACUUAAUCUUUAGUUUGUGAA